GCCACCAUGCCGCCGCGCCGCCGGGGUUCUUCGGGCUACGGGGGCGUCCGUGAGCACCCCUCGGGCUGGUACUCUGCCGAGAUCCGGUCCGGCGACGUCCGGCUCGGCCUCGGUUCGUUCCGGAGCACACAUGAGGCGGCCCGCGCGUACGACGCGGCGGCGUGGCGCUUGGACAGGCCCCGGUCGCAGAUGAACUUUUGCGACGUCUUCACGUGCGAGCAGGCGCAGCGCCUCGCCCCUCCGCCUCGUCUCAUCACCGACCAGGACCGUGCGGACCACGUGUGGCAGCAGCGCCACCUCCUCAUCGCUGAGGAGGAUGAGCGAGCCAUGGCGGAGUGGCGCCGUCGCCACCCGGAGGACGUCGCCGCCGAGAACGAGUUCUGGGCAGAGAGGACGGCAAGGCGCCGCGCGGAGCGCGCCGACAGACGUCGGCACAAGGCACUGGCGAUAUCGCAGUGCGAUAUCAUUAAGAACGGCGGGCAGUCGAUCUUCUCCCCCAACGAUCUGCGUUGGGAUGACAUGUGGCUCGAUACCUCGGACAACGCCACCGAGGAUGAUGAUGAUGACGGCUGUGAGUCACCGUAG